UUUUAUAAAAACGUGUCUGAGUUUCACAGCAAAUUAAAGCUGCUGAAGCUGGCUAGAUUUUAGCUAGCUAGCUGAAGAAGGACAGUGAAGGAUCUCUUCAUCCUGUUCCAUGAUUCAUCUGAGCCAGCCAUGGAUAUCUGUAGCUAUUGUCUGGGUGUGUUUAGACUGGAGAAGAGCGAUCUGAAAAAUCUUGCUCAGUAUUUUCCUUCUCUGGCAACUCGGUGUUCCACCUCUGAAAUGAUGAAAGCAAAAGAUGUCGUAAUGGAACAGCCGAUUGAGAAAAGGGCUAAACUAUCCGACAGCCCACAAGUUGUGACGCCCUCUCAUUGCAUUCUAUGUCUUAGUCUAAGCGACAAGACUCAAAUCGAAAUGAUGGUGUCGAACAUUCUAGAUCAACUUGAUACUGAACAGUAUCAAGGUCUUUCAACAUAUGUUAUUGCUGUUCAUGCUCCACUCUCCCUUAAAGUGCGCAGAAUGGGAAUGGAACACUUAAUGAGGUGUAUAAAUUCCGAUACUCCUGAUUCUCUAUCCGAGGCCGCUAUUAGUGAUAUCAACCUUCUUUCACAGCCAAAUCAGGCUGCCAAUGAAUCUACGCAUCUCAAGUCUUUGUCUGAUGAGUAUUAUGUAAAGGUGAAUUUACGCUCGCGUAUUACUGAUUUGAUUGAAGAGAAAGCUCCCCAUUUGGAAUACAGUGUGGAUAGUCCAUUUCUCAUUACUGUUAAGCUUGAUCAUGCCACAUCUGAUCACGAUUGCAAACCUGUCAUCAGUCUAGCACUUCCAAAACUGCAGUGCAAGAAGCCAAAUUCCAAGCUCAAGACAAGCGUUUCAACUGUUAUUGUAAAUGAUGCAGUCAGUGCACUUCAUGCACAAGACUACCGCAACAAUAUGUUCUUCUUAACACCAGUCACUGAGGCUUGUUCCUAUGAAAUCGAAUUCUCUCAUAAGCCAAUGUUUGUUGGAGGAAGGUACAACAAGUUUUCUCGCACACUGUCUCAAACUCCAUGGAUAAUUGAUGGCCAUCGCAAAUCCGAGUCUUCAGUCGAAGAGAUGAUCUGUGACAAAAUGACCUGUCUACUUCGUGCUGACAGCCAUAAGUUUUCUUCUUCUGGCAGGGAAGAUGUUGAUGUGAGAAUGCUUGGAAAUGGUCGGCCAUUUCUUGUCGAGUUCCUCAACCCCAGGAAUCUGUCAUUCAACAGUGAAGAUUUAUUCAAAGUGCAGCAAGAAAUCAAUGAAGCCACAGUAGAGGUACAAGUUAGACUUCUGAAACAUGUAUCAAAGAAAGCCACUGAUGUUCUAAGGAAAGGCGACGAAGAUAAAACAAAGCACUACUCUGCAUUGAUUUGGACACCCAAGGAGAUUGCUCCAGAAAAUAUAGAGUUUCUCAGCGAUUUGAAACUCAUAGAAGUUGCUCAAAAAACACCCAUCAGAGUUUUACAUCGAAGAACACUAGCAACGCGUAAGAGAACAAUAUACCGAGUAACAGCCGAUUAUGUAGAUAGUCACCAUUUCACUCUCUGUUUGAGUACUCAGGCUGGAACGUACGUUAAAGAAUUUGUUCACGGAGAUUUUGGAAGGACUAAACCGAAUCUUAGGCUAAUGAUGAAACAAGAUGUGGACAUACUGUGCUUAGAUGUGCUCGACGUUGAAUUAGACUGGCCAAUCUGACUCUGCUUUUAGCUGCAAUGUAUUUCAUGUAGAAUGCUGUCUUGUGCAUGUCAUGCGUAUACUAGUCUACUAUGAUUGUGGUUUUAUAAUGAUAUUCAUCAAAGUUUUUUGCCUGCCCCCC